UGCCCUAAAAGAGCAGUAAACCUAAUAAAGAGGCCGCGAUAAGCGAAUUGUGUGACGGGUGCCCCUCGUCGAGUAAGAGACAUUGCACUCCUUGGACACGAGUCAGGACGACGUUGUCCUAGGACGCGCUGGAACUGCAAGUACAAGCAGUGAGCAAGGUGUGACACCCACCUUCACGUGGAAGAGGCGGCAGCGGCGGAAGGUACGCGGGAAGCAAGGCAGGCAUGCUGCUUGAGGAGGCGCUCCGCGAAGUGGGCGACUUCGGCCGUUUCCAGUGGCUGCUCAUCGUCUACCUGUGCGUGUUUGUGGCCCCGCUGCGCGUGCUGCCUCUAUUCGGGCACAUCUUCAGCCUGCUCGUGCCGCCGCACCGGUGUCGCCUGGACCCGCGGCUGCUGGAGACGCUCGAGGGUCUGAGUAACGCGACCGGCGAGGAUGCGGGCCUGUUGCUGGACCUGGCGCUACCGCGGGAGACCGACGGAGCGUUCAGCCAGUGUCACAUGUACGACGCCAACUCCACGCUGGCGCUCUGGUUCGACGCCGUGGAAGCGCCGAGAUUCGGAAACGCGUCGACCGUGGCUGGAGUCCGCGCGAUCGUGCCGUGCCAGUUUGGAUGGGAGUAUGACUUUUCGUACUUCUACCCCAGCGUGGUUUCAGAGAUGGACUGGGUGUGCGAGAAUGCAUGGAAGGCAUACGUAUCCAACACAGCAUUCUGGGUUGCAACAGCCGUCGGCGUGCUCAUAUGUGGUGACAUCAGCGACAGGAUCGGCCGGGUCCCGGUUAUGAUCGGCGUGAACGUGAUGUGCGGCGCGGCCGGCCUGUACACGUACUUCACGGCGGGCUUCGUGAACUUCGUGGUGAGCCGCGUGUUCGUGGGCCUUUUCGUGCUCGCCGUGAGCAUCAUGCCCUUCGUCCUUGUGGUUGAGUACGUGGCUCCCGAACGUCGCAUGAUGGUGCUAAGCGCGUUCCAGUUCUCGUACCCACUCGUGGGCGCCGCCUUUCCCUGGAUGGCGUACGCCCUGGCCGAUUGGAGGAUCCUCACCCUGGUCUGCGCCGUGCCCCCUCUGGCGGCUCCUUUGUUUUCCUGGUUUGUCCCGGAGUCGUUACGAUGGCUGGUGUCUAGGGGGAAAGAGCAGCGUUCCAAGAAGAUCCUGUUCACCAUCGCUAAGAUCAACGGCAAAAAACUGUCCGACGACUUCAUGCAGAAAUGCCAGUUCCCUCCUCCAAACGAGCUCCACAAGACGAAGGCAUCACCCAUAGACAUGCUCAAGACUCCAAACCUUCGGAAAAAUUUUGUGCUGUCACUCGUAGUGUGGACCCUAGCUUGUCUGGUGUACACGGCCGGUCAGCUGUACGCAGCGAACGCGAGUCACAGUCCAUUCGUGAUGACCACGGCGGUAAACUUGGUGGACAUCGUGGCCACGGGUACGGCGCUUCCUCUGGCCGACCGCUGGGGACGCAGGCCUACGAUGAUGACUGCCUACACAGCCGCUGCAGUGGCCUACGUGUGUUCCGUUGGGGUACCGAAAGAGAGCCUGGCGUUAGGCACAGCGGUGUUCAUGCUGGCGCGAGUGGCUUUGACCAUGGCCUACAACGUGGGUUACCUGUACGCGGCUGAGGUUUACCCAACGGCAGCGCGCUCGCAGGCACUCUCCUUGCGCCAGGCCUUUGGCUCCGUUGGAAAGUUUCUCAGUUCACAGGUCACUCAGCUGGCCAUGUACGGCCGUCCCAUCCCGCUGCUGCUGAUGGGCGCCAUGUCCUUCCUGCUGGCGCUGCUCACGUUCCCGAUGCCAGAGACCCUGCACCAGCGGCUGCCCGAGACACUCGAGGACGGCGAGGCGUUCGUGCACGGCCAGAACACGUGCUGCAGCUGCGUGCCGUCGCAGCAGCAGCAGCAAACCUCGUCGCAGCGGCCAUCCGCAGGACGGGCACGCUCGCUGUCUGUCAUCUCGGCUGCCUCGGCAGUGAGCGUCAGCCCCGACUGAGCAGCGCUCGUUCGAACGAAACCAUCAUUCUAUGUGGCGAGCAUGCGUACCUCCAGGAUUGAGGCGUCGGCCUGCAAGCGAACAGCAAUGGCGGCAAAAGCGCUGCGUGCUCACUACUGAUCGCGCACCACCAUCACGGAUGUACCUUGCCUCGUUGUCUUGACAAGACUUGUGCUUCAAUGGACUUCGGAGUGAAUUCUUGCAAUCCUUGAGGCAGUACUUUAUGACAAACGGUCCUCUAAUCUUCCUUGACCGCUGACGAUGGUGCGCCAUGCUUUUUUUGCGGGCGCAUGUGUCCACCUUUCCCUGUUUCAUGUUUAAAGAGAGAGGUGUUUAUGUCCCGAAGGUAUCCAUUCCCCAUCGUAGGUCGGCAAGUUGGAUGUUCUGUUGGCUAACCCACCUCUUUAGCAACAUUUUCUUCGGUAGUUUUGUUAUACUGACGUGACUUUAAAUUAAUGACACGGAAUCUGGCAUUGCUACAAGCACCAAGGAAACAGUCCUCCGCUUGCGAGUCGUAAAGCAUCAGGUCGUCCGUAGUGUUGAGAUUAUGUGUGCGGAGAAGUUGCCUUUUCUUUGAACUUAUUUAGGUUAAAUUGAAAAUUUCAGCUACUCGCGUAGCGAGCUUUUAAGAAAGGUUUGAAGGAAUUAGGAAAGUCGACUAAAAUGUCGAACGGACUAACGAUGUUGAACGAAGGUGUAUAUAUAUAUAUAUAUAUAUAUAUAUAUAUAUAUAUAUAUAUAUAUAUAUAUAUAUAUGCAUCACUGAAGUAUAUGUGGUGGUGCUAUAAUAUACUGUAUAUUUGAGUGAUGCUACAAGGUGAGCGUCAUGCUCUUGCAACCUGGCGUGUUCCUUUCCACAAGUUGCUGUCUUUCUGCCUCCCUUCCGGGCUCCUUCUCUAUUGUAUUGGAAGCCCUGAUGAAUAGCGGUCCAGCGGUGGAAAACAUUUAAACAAAAUAUUUAUUAUGUUUACCUUGUAGCUACCAUUCACCUAAGUACAUGCAGCGGCCUGCGCAUUUAUUCUGUCAAUUUCCGUUUAAUGCGCACCACAUCAUACAAUAAAAAAAUUACUUUAAUUGCCCUGGU